AUGUACGCGGACACUCUUCAGCAUAUAUUUGCUGUUCGUGAUCAGUUGGACAAUGAACCUCCACUCAUACAUAUGCUGGAAAGCUGUACAGACUGUGAAAUCAAUGCAUCCGAUGCAUUACCCAAAAACAUAUGUGAAAACUGUGUAUUGGCUGUUAAAAGUGCAUAUCAAUUUAAGCUGAAAAGCGAAGAAAGCCAAAAAUAUUUCAAGGAUCUUCUUGGUCGAACCGACUGCAAACCUGACAUCAAUGAACUUACCACAGGCAGUUGGUGUGUGACAGACAGCGCCAUAGGCGAAGUGCACUUAAAAUCAGAUGUUGACCAAACAUUGGAAGUUCAGUUCAAAGCAGAGUCCGAUGACAGCCUAGAGAACAGUGGAGAGAGAACAGUAGAAAACAGCUGGUGUGUGCCUGAAAGCAUCAUAGGCGAAGUGCACUUAAAAUCAGAUGUGGGCCAAACAUUGGAAGUUCAGCUCAAAGCGGAAUCCGAUGACAGCGAUAGCUCAGAGAAUAGUGGAGAGAGUAUAGUGGAAAGAAAAUGCUACCCAAAUCGUCAAUCCAAUCACAUAAAACGCUCCAUUCGUUGUGCCAUUUGUUGCAGAUGGUUUCCCACAGAGCGUGGCUACAGACUCCACAAACGCACGCACGGCGAGGAGCUGCCACACAGCGGCUACAGACACCACAAACUCACGCACUCCGAGGAGCUGCCAUAUAGAUGUACUUCCUGCCCUCUCAGAUUCUGGACCAUUCAGAAACUAAGGAAACAUUUAAUGACGCACAUGGGCGAACGACUCCACAAGUGUCCACAUUGCCCCAAGGCAUUUACACAUUUGUGUCUGCUCAAGAAGCACAGUUAUGCUCAUAAUGAGGACCGUCCAUUUCAAUGCCCAUAUUGCCCAAAGACGUUUAAGCGCAACCACGAUGUGACCAAACACAGUAUUGUGCACACCGGACUAAAGCUUUAUCAGUGUUCGGAAUGCAACAAGAGCUUUGGCAGAAUAUACGAUUUGCGAGUGCAUGCCGAUCAUCUACAUUCUUCAAAGCAGGUGUACAUGUGCUCCAAGUGCCGAAAGACGUUUGCCAAGUCGAACAUGCUUUCGCAACAUGUGAAAUUCUGCACGGAAACUGGUUAA